UAAACAAUAGACCAAAACCCUAGGUGGUCACCUCAGCCGGCGGUCCCAUUCACAUCAUUUCUCUUCCUCUUCCCUCCAACCUUCCCUUCCCUCCCACCUUUUCUUUUUUCUUCCUCUGCCUUAUUUUCUAAGCACGAAAUUCUUAAUUUACUCUUACUUUAUUCUUUGAAUUGGAAUAUUUAUCCCGAAUGGUGGUUUUCUUAUCAGAAAUUCAAGCUGUAGAGUGAUUUCGGAACCUUGAAGCCAUAAGAUUGUUGUUGGGACGCCACAGAAUGGGCAAAGUUUCUCCAAAGGAUGGUAAAACUAAGACAUCCAAGCAGAAAAGGCGGCCAAGGAAUUCUGGCAACAAGUAUUUAAAACCUGGUGCCCUCGCUCAGAUUCGGUACAACAAAUCGUUGGCCACUAAAUCUUGUACAGAUCUCGGAAAGAAAAGGGUGGCUUUGGUAGAUGCAGAUAAGGAAAACAAAAAUAAUGUGAUUGAAAAUAACUGCAUUCAAGAAAGCCCCAAACUUUUGUCUCCCAUAAGAUAUGACUUUGCUUCUGAUAGGGCUUAUAGCCCUACAAUUUUAUCUCCUGUACGAUCCAAUAUUGGUCCUUUAUGUGGACCUAUUGAUUUUUUAAAGCAUAAUAAUUUACAGAGAACUCCAAGAACACCUCGUUCGGAAGACUAUGAUUGUGAAUCCGAGUCCAGGCUUGAGUCUCUCCCCUCAGAUUUACUGAUUAAAAUACUGUGCCACCUGGAGCAUGAUCAAUUACGACCAGUUUUCCAUGUCUCACAGAAAAUCAGAAAGGCGGUUAUACAAGCAAGACAGUUCUACUUCAAUUAUACUACUCCAGAUCGAACUCGUCAAGAGAUGCUCAGAAUAAUGACUCCCCUUCCUACUGAUCGUUGGCCUUUCAUGAGCAGGGAAGAUGUAAAAGGUUUGCCUCUACCUAGACCUCACACCCCUAAGGCACCAAGGCAUGGCCCUCGGCCUCCAUCUCGUCUCAAGUUCACGGAGAUGCGUCAGAUUGCUGCUGUUCUCUUUCAGGAGACCACAUUUCCAUCAAGGUGCCUUGUACCAAAAGUAUUAGCGAAACCUGUUUGCAAAUCUUUGGCUUCAAAUAGAGCUUUGUUCUAUGAAGAGGAGUUAUGCCAGGCAGUUGCUCAGAAUAAACUUCGUUGAUCGCAGAUUCUUCUCCAUCAUUUUUUAUAUAUAUAUAUAUAUUUAUUGUUGUGUGCUUUGCGUAUAUGUGUAUAGAAUGGAAUAUUUUCAGGUCGUUUUGCCUGGUGUAGCAAGAGGGCAGGUUUUGUAGUUUUGCCGUUGCACUAUUUCUGAGCGGGGAAGCUGAGAAUGGCGAAGAUUUAGAUAGUUAUUGGAAUAAACUGUGUAAUCCAACUUGUUUCUUGUAUAUAGCUUUAUGGUGUUGGGUUCGAAGGAUCGGCUCUACCUUUGUGUGAGUAGUUGGUUAUUAUGAUUGGCAUUUCCUUUGAAUGAUUAUUGGGCUUUCAAGAUUGGCGUUGUUUAGUACCCUUUGAGCUGGUGUCUUUCUCAACCUUGCUUUUGGGCGUUGUUCUGUUUGAGCUGGUGUCUUUCUCAAUCUUACUUUUGGUCGGUCA